AUGACUGAAGCCAAACAAGAUUUAAUUGAAUUAUCAUCAAAUCCUUUAGAUGUAUGGAUAAAUACACAUUAUGAUGAAUUGUGUGCAGGUAUGACGUGUGAAAAUGCUCUAUUCUGCAAACCAUCAGACAUGAAAGACAAAAACUUUCAAAUGAGUAUUAAGGAUAAAUGUGAUAGGAAACAUAGAAGAAUAGACGGUAAACAAACAUGGUAUUAUGUUUUGAAAGAAGAAAUGAAAGGAUUAUAUAAACAGGUUGAACCAAACGAUAAUGAGGAAUCAUUUACUGAUGAUGAAAUACCUGUAAAUGAGCCGCUAACGGACUCUUUGAGUCCUGAAGGUCUUUCAGACCGAAGCGGCGAGACCUGA